AUGGCGACACCGGGCCGGCCGCCGUCGAGCCCACAUCAUUCCGAUCAUCAUUCCGAUCCGCACCCAUCCGCAACCACUAGGUCUCGAAGUAGUGCUGCGGGGUCUCUCUCCGCCUCGCGCGGCGCUCUGCGGACCCUCCCGCCAUGGAUUGAUUCGUACGAAAUCCGCUACGGCCGGCCCGACGACGCCCAGCUGCGCGCGCUGAGCUCGCCGCCCCCGCGCGCCCUGCCUGCCCAACACAACCAUUCCCCGAGCCAGGCGCAGAGGCGAGUGUCCCGCGAUGGCUACGUCUACGAGAACCCGGCGGUGUUGGGGCUGGAAGGAGCAAGGACGCCGUGGGCGAGGUUACGCAUGCGCCUGAUGCGCAAGGACGGUUCCGAGAGGGGCCGCAAAUGGGACCACCUGCGUUCGGCGGAACCCGUCAUCGUGCCCCAAUACGGACGGGCGGCGCCAGACUCGCCCUGGCGGAGCUACGUCCAGUCGUGCCGGUACGGUAGAUUGCCGAACGAGGAGGCGCAGAUCGUGGAUCCCGAGGUGCUGGAUAAGCUGCAGCCCGGCUUCCAAGGCCCCGUCGAUAUGCCGCCGCUGAGCGAUGCCUGGGGGAGGCGACAGACGCGGACUGCGGUUUUGUACAAGAGGAUAUGGCGCAUCAUCCUCCGCCACCCGCUGGUCCCGCUGGCCUUUCGCCUGGCCGUCCUGCUCGCCUCGAUCCUGGCGCUGGCCCUGUCGGCCAAGAUCUACGAGUUCGAGCACCGCGGGGAUGAGAAGCCCACAUCGGAGCUGGCGCAGUCCAUCGUGGCUAUCGUGGUGGACACGGUCGCCAUCCCCUACAUCGGCUACAUGACCUGGGACGAAUACACGGGCAAGCCGCUGGGUCUGCGACUGGCCACCCAGAAGAUCUCGCUGGUCCUCAUGGACCUCUUCUUCAUUAUUUUCAAGUCGGCGAGCACGGCGCUCGCCUUCGAGGCGCUCGUCUACCACAACGCGGGCGACCGGGAGACGACACGGUACACCCAGGCACUAGCCUCCUUCCAGCUGAUCGGCCUGAUAUCGUGGAGCUUUACCUUGUCCGUGAAUGUGUUCCGCCUCGUCCAGAAGCUGGGCGGAGGAGAGGAUGAGCAGUGA